UCAACGAUUCAUUGUGACUGGUCUAGACGACAGAAUUCGAGGUUUUUUCAGCGUCAUUUAACUACUGAUUUUUUGCUGGGCUGAUUUCUUUUAAAUGACGAACUCGAGUCGGUCCACCACCAUGAUUCAAUUUCCCGGAUCGCCUUUUAACACGAUGUCUCGCCACAAAGACAAGUAUGAACCCAGCAACCCUAGGAGAUCACACACCUUUAUGCCUCUUGAGGAAGUCAAUGCAGGGAAAAAAUCCCAGUGGAUGGAGUUGGAGAUAACAGGUACUAUACGAAACCUCAGUCCCAACUUGUGGAAGCUGCAGCAUCUGACGUCUCUCUACCUGAACGACAACAACCUGACUAGAAUCCCACCAGAGAUCUGCCGCCUCACAUGCCUCGUCCAGCUGGACCUCUCUUGCAACAAGCUUCGUAACCUGCCACCUGAGAUUGGGGAGCUGGUGACCCUGCGUGAGCUCUUACUGCACAACAACUACAUCCGGGCCCUCCCCUUGGAGAUGGGCAAACUCUUCAAGCUGCAGAUCCUGGGCUUGAAGGGCAAUCCGCUCUCGACGGAUAUCAUGACCCUGUUCAGCGAGGUCAACGGGACUGACAAAAUUCUGUCCUACCUGCUGGACAAUCUACCCAUCACGGCACCCCUACCGCCGAUGAGACCGUGGAUCCCGCUGGGCCAUCCCAACCGAAACCAGCCGACUUGUAUCUUCACGGUGAUGUGCUAUAAUGUUUUGUGCGACAAGUACGCCACCAGACAGAUGUACGGCUACUGUCCAAGUUGGGUGCUCAAAUGGGAAUACCGGCGCAAAAGUAUCCUGGAGGAGAUCCGGCAUUAUUCCGCCGACAUCAUCAGUCUACAGGAGGUGGAGACGGAACAGUUUUACAAUUACUUCCUGCCCGAGUUGAAGCGUGACGGAUACGACGGCAUUUUCUCGCCCAAAUCACGCGCCAAAACGAUGGCCGAGAGCGACAGACGCUACGUCGACGGAUGCGCCAUCUUUUACCGCACGGCCAAGUUUUCAUUGGUGUACGAUCACCUGAUUGAGUUCAACCAAUUGGCCCUGGCCAACGCUGAAGGAUCGGACGACAUGUUGAACCGCGUCAUGACCAAGGACAACAUCGGUUUGGCGGCUCUGCUGGAGACGAAAGAGGCUGCCUGGAGCAACGGCAUCCGGCCGGACCCUUCGCAAAUCCACCAGCCGCUCCUGGUGUGCACGGCUCACAUUCACUGGGAUCCGCAGUACUGCGACGUCAAGUUGGUGCAGACGAUGAUGCUGAUGAACGAAUUGAAACAGCUGACUCAGGACGCUGUGGGCCAUUCGUUCCGGCCCGGCCACAACAAAGCCGAUCCGUCUCACACCCAGCUGCUCCUGUGCGGCGAUUUCAAUUCGCUGCUGGAUUCGGGCGUCAUCGAGUUCCUCAACUCGUCGCGCAUCUCGGCCAACCAUCCGGAUUUCAAGGAGCUCGGCUACAAGACCUGCCUCCAGAAGGGCAUUGCCAACUUCUCCGAGAAGACGAACGAGUUUACGCACCCGUUCCGGCUGUCGACGGCCUACACGACGGACGUGAUGCCCUACAGCAACUAUACGUACGACUUUAAGGGCCUCAUCGACUACAUCUUUUUCAGCAAGACCACGAUGGUGCCGUUGGGCCUGCUCGGCCCCGUCGACGCCGAAUGGUUUAGAGAGAACAAAGUCCUCGGCUGUCCUCACCGUGAUAUUCCAUCAGAUCAUUUCUCGUUGCUGGUGGAGUUGGAAAUGUCGCCGACCUACUCCGGUCUGGGCUCGAACGGUUUCAUUCCUAGGCGGUAGCCCCUAGCGUCACAUCAUCAUCAAACAACAACAACAAAAAGAACCUGACUUAUAAACUGGUGGACCUCAAACAAAAAAAAAACACUAUUUUUUCCCCCUUUAUUAUAAUUUUUUUUUUGUCUAUUUUCUUUUUUUUUCUUUUCUCUUAAAUAGUUGCAAAAAGAUUUUCGUGGUGUCGCGUUCGGUUCUCGUAUCCAUUUUCAAUCUCCUCUCCCCCAGCUAAUUUUUUCUCUCCGUCGUUCACUCCCUUCUCCUCCAUCUUUAUAUCAUCAGGAUUCUUUUUCACACGACUUCCUUAAUGUGCUUCUUCUUCCCGUCAUCAUUUUUUCUUUUUGCUAUCUCUUUCUGGUUGAUUGAUUUUAGCCUUUCCUCCGCUCUAUUCUCUCUCUCUCUCUCUAACCAAACUUCUAUGUGCAUCUAUGAAUGGUUUUUCAGUCGCCCAGCCCGAGCUCUUUUUUUUUCUUUUCCCUUCCCUUCUCCCCCAACCCACAAUAAUUUUUAUCAGUAACGAAAAACUUAAAUUUAAAAUUCUCCCCUACCCCCCCCCCCCUACUUCCUGGUCGCAGAUGGAAUGCUCUUAUACUUAUUAUUAUUAUUAUUAUAGAAAAACAAACGAAACAAAAAAAAAAGAUUAUUAGAUAUCAACUUAAAAUUGACCUAUAGCUCCCCGGGAUCAGCAUGGGAAACUUUUUAGAAAAAAAGAGGAAAAAUUCGAAAUUAAAGAAACAACCGACCGAGAGUUAUAUAACGUUCCGUAUCAGUACACAGUAAAAACAGUAAGAAGAAGAAAGUGUAGAGUUCAAGUGUAUGUGUGUGUGUGUGUCUAGUUGGUCCAAAAUUUCCCUGCCCAAAUUAUUAUUUUUUGGCUUGUGUUUAUCGAGUUCUUUUUGCGUUCGUUUUAUCAGUGCUUGGCAAACAAUUUAAUUUGCGCCUUUCUCCUCCCCCCCCAUACACACACAACCACCGUAUUCAUUUACAAAUUUCAUCACAAAUUCGAUUUAAAAAAAAAAAAAAAGAAAAGUAACUUUGAAGCCAGAGCUCAGGAUCUCAAGCUUUUUUUUCUGUCCCUCUCCGAAACUUCGUGACUUGGAAACAAAAAUACUUAAAUAAAAAAAAAUAAAAAAAAUUGAAAAAAAAAAGUUUAAAAGUAAAAAAAAGAAGUAAUGGACAAAUUAUAUAUACACUACUAUUAUACGCCGAUCCUCUCUCUCUCUCUCUAAAUGUCAUUUUUGUAUGUGUGGGUGGAAGGCCCCGAUCGGUUUUGACACGUUGCCCAUCUGAUCCUCGGACCAACAUUUUCUUUAAUCUUCGAUUCAAAAUUUCCCGCCAAUUCAUUUUUCUCUCUAUUAGCUUAAAAUUUUCUUUCGAUAGCGGAUUUUAAUUUUUUUUUAUUUUAAAUUUCUUUUCCUUAAAAGUAGAGUAAUACUGAUUCAUUACCCAACUUCCAGCAGGAAAGAAAA